AUGACGCAUCUGCUUUGGAAACACUAUUGGGAAGACGAUGUCGACCGAUUUCGACGCCUUCUCGCCCCCGCCGGCCCCGGGACCCAGAGCGGCCCCCGGAGCUCUGGAUUGACUCCGGGAAUAACGGGAAGUCCAGGUUACGGCACUUCGCCGCGCUCUGCCACCAAGUCGCGCAAGCUUCCGGGCUUUGGAACAGGCUCCGGAAGCACGCGCCACGGCUACGGUGGCCUCGGGCGGAACGAAGUGAACAGCCGUGACCAGGCCGGGCUCACCGUUUUGCUACGCGCAGCAUCUUCGACCGCCAACAAUGCCAUCUCCUUCGUGGAGGCACUGCUCGAACACCCCGCCAUCGACAUAUACGUUCAGGAUACCGAGAAUGGCUGGAAUGCGCUACAUCGGGCACUAUAUGCAGGGAACAUAUCCAUCGCGAGACUCCUGUUGGAGAAGGAGUCCAAGGACCUGACAGGGCAUACGUCUUCACUGCAUCGGGUGGGGCAGCUCAUUAAGACGAAGGAUCACGAGGGCUACAGUCCGUUUGACUUGUAUAACUCGACCAUCGGCGAGCGCAACCUCAACGAGCUAGUCAAGCAGCAAAAGCUUGGUGAAGAAUCCGACAGCGAUGAGGCUGAGGCUUAUUUGGACCAGACGCUAGGCACGAAAAAUGUAAAGGCUUCCGGCGAGGAGCUAUAUGCGUUCGGGAGCAAUAAGAAUCUUUCUUUAGGUUUCGGUGACGAGGACGAUCGCCAAUUCCCAGAGCGCGUGUACCUCAAGCGUCCGGAUGACUUGCUGCGGAGGUUUCACAGGGAGUACCUUCAAGCCACUGGCGAAGGGCGUCCAGCAUCUCAGGAUUUGACCAAGAUCCCUGCCCUCGUUCUGAACCGACCGUUGAUGAUACAAGACGUGGUUCUUUCCAAGCUACACAGUGCGGUCCUAACAGCGGACCCGGUAUCGAACCUUUAUGUCUGCGGUGUUGGUCGUGGAGGGAGGCUCGGUCUUGGGGAUGAGAAUACGCGGUUCACAUACACGCCCAUACAGGGACCGUUUGUUGACAAAAAGGUCGUCCAAGUUGCCCUCGGCCAAAACCACUCGAUGGCUGUCGAUGACACCGGCGCGUUAUGGACGUGGGGCAACAACGCCCAGUACCAGCUGGGAUACACGCUCCCCGAGCCGGCCAAGAAAGACGAGGAUCCUCUCAGCACCGUUCCACGCCAGGUUUUUGGCCCUCUGAAGAAAGAGGUCAUCGUUGGGAUCGCGGCCUCCUCAAUACACUCGGUCGCGCAUACCGGCACAUCGCUGUAUUGCUGGGGUAAGAAUCUCGGCCAGCUGGCGUUGAUGGACGCCGAUUCCAGGUCACUCGAAUAUCAGCAAACGCCCAGGAAAGUUGCAGCCUCCUUAUUCCAAUCGCCAAUCGUUAUGGUGACUGCAAUCGACAAAGCUACGACGAUAUUGCUCCAGAAUCACACCGUCUGCAUCUUCACGGCAUACGGUUAUCACAUCGUCAAGUUCCCGUUUGCGACCCUCGACCUCGUCGGCAACAUUCAGCUAUCCACUCGCCAGAACCCGGCUUGGAACCAAAUCAGCUCCAUCACGUCAGGAGGAGAAACAAUUGCCGCCGUCACGAGGGGUGGUAACCUAUUUACAAUGAACCUCGACCACAAGAUCGAAACGAAUCCUUCAACCACGUCUACCACAAACCCUUCCAAGAUCAAGGGUGCGGUCACGCCGGCGCAGUGCAUUUGGUCUGCCAGGCGGGAUGGGGUUCGCUCUGUUGGCGUGGGUGAGCAUGGCUCCGUCAUCAUCAGCACACAGUCUGGCGCUGUGUGGCGAAGGGUAAAACGAACCAAAGCAAAGGAUGCGUCGCAUUGGUUGUCAGAGUCCAAGCGGAAGGACUACAAGUUCCAGCGCGUGCCCUGCAUCACCAAGGUUGCCACCGUCCGGGCUUCAGCGUUCGGUGCGUUUGCCGCUAUCCGAAAGGACUCGGAGGUGAUGAGGGAACAACUGGCCAUUAACGACCAAUCCAUCUGGCAAGACGUGGCGCCAUUAAACUGUCUCGGCGGUUUCCUGGCGUCGGAGCCGACGGACAAGAAGGAUGAGGUCUGGACAUUUUGGAACAAGAAUGAGCUGGGGAAACUUUUUGGUCCAGUGGCCUACGAAGUGCUAAAGUCUUCCGACAUCGACCAUGACUUGUCACAGCACCUUACAUCGUUGUCAUACCAGAACGACUGGUUGGACACAGCUGUCUGCACGUCCUCUUCACUUGAUACCAAGAUACCAGUUCAUGGUUGGCUGCUUGCGGCUCGCAGCCCCGUUCUUCGAAGUGCACUGGCACAGUUCCGCAAGGCGGGGUUUUUCGCCCACGAGAUGUUCAGCAUCAGCGAUGACGACGGCAGGGCGGUAGUUCUCUUCCAGGGCCUGGACCUAGUUUCGCUGCUCAACCUCGUCCUAUUCGCGUACGAGGAUAAGGUGAUUCCUGUGUGGAACUUCACCGGCCACGUCCGGCCGCUGGCACAUCGUUAUCGUCAGAUCCGCCAGGAAGUAAUGAAGCUCGCCACCCGCCUCAGCAUGAACAGUCUCGAGGCGGCAGCGAGGCUGCAGGUGGAACCCAAGAAAUGCAUGGACCAGGAUUUCCGGCUUGCCAUCAAGGACCCGCGUUUCUUCACGGAUGGCGAUGCCUUGCUAGAGCUUGAAGGAGCCGAUGUCCCGGUCCACAGCGCCUUCAUUUGUCAGAGAUGUCCUUGGUUUCAGGUACUCUUCUUUGGGCGCUCCCAAGGCACGUGGCUGGAGGGCCGCCGAGCGAUCUCGGGUGGUCGGAUCAAGAUCGAUUUGACCCAUGCUUCCGCCAAAGCGUUCAAGUAUGUUCUGCAGUAUCUCUAUGGAGACUGCGGAGCUGAGCUAUUUGACCCCGUUGUGUGCGACACUUUUGAAGACUUCCUAGACCUCGUUAUGGAAGUCAUGUCGAUUGCCGACUAUCUGAUGCUGGACCGGCUGUCGCAGAUAUGCCAGCAGAUCAUAGGUCGGUUUGCGAACGUUCGCAACAUUGCUGACCUCCUGAACGCCAUCAGUCCCUUCUCAAUCACGGAAUUCAAGGAUGGGGGGUUAGAGUACAUCUGUCUGCAGCUAGAGACGAUGCUCGAGAACCAUCUCCUAGACGAAUUGGAUCGGGAUUUGCUUCUCGAGCUGGACGAGGUGGUCCGAGACAACCAGGCCGCCCAGUCAUCGUUCGUACGCAGUUGCCGCGCCGAGCUACUGCUUCAUGAACGCAAUCAUUGGCUGGCCGAGGAGAUCGACCAGGAGCGCCAGCGCCGGGUCAAGGAGCUCGGAUACAAAGCGCAGAGGGAGGAAGAGAAGAGGCUUCUGUCCGCGGUCAAGACCCGAUAUGGCAGUUUGGAUGACAUUAGUCCUCUCACGCCCACCCCUGACAGGAUGAGAAACGUGUCGAGGGCGGAGCGCAGCGAGGCUCCCAGUCCUAGCCUUCGGCCAAAGGCGUCGCACGGAGAUAUGAUCUUUGAUAUGGAUGAUGAGUUUUCGCCAGUCACUAGUCCUUCGACGAGGCCUCGGAAAACAGACGAGGGGACGCCGGAUUUGGACCAGAUCCCGCCACUGGGUAGCUCCUGGAAAGGUAAAGGCAAGAAGGUACGGCUCGAUCUCGGAUCGGCAUCACCAGUCAGCCCUUUUGGGAUGCUACGCACGCCAGUCAAGCCGGCGAAUGGGGUUAGUCCGGAUAUGGUCGCUGCAACGCCCCUACAAGCAGGGCAACCCUGGGGAUCUGGGACAACGCCAACUUCGAAGCUAGAUCUGCGUGACAUCAUUCAGUCAGAGACAGCAACCCAGUCCAUCCUCUCGGAGGGUCUGGCAGCGCAGAGGGCUAAAGAGUCAACACCAAAGUCAGCGCAGCAGAAGAUAUCGCAAAAGGAAAAGAAGCGGCAACAACAGGCCGCACAGGCCGCCCAAGCAGCACUGCUCGCGGCCAAGGCGGACGGGGCCAAGAACGCGUGGGAGCGGUCCCCCGAUGAACCCCAGGCCUCGCCUUGGAAAACGGUCAGCAAGGACAAGACAGCAUCCAAGGGGCUGCUCUCCCCGGACGCGCCGACCGCCAUCCCAAUCCACCGCCGUACAGCCUCCCCCGACACGCGCUUCUCGGGCCAACGCACCCCGAGCUCAACCACCACCACAACAGCAACAACAACCCCCAAACCCAACCCCCUUCCCGCCACCCCCAUCCCAACAACAGCAACAACAACACCAACCCCAACAAUAACAACAACAACAACAACAACAACAACAACCCAACCCGACCCCGUAGUAACCCCGCACUCCAAAGUCUACCUCCCCCCGCCCCCCAAACCGGACUACCUCGCCGGCCUGGGCCUGCGCGACAUCAUGGGCCAGCAGCGGCGCGACAAGGAACAGGUGCGGGAGGCGGCGGCCAAGCGGUCGCUGCAGGAGAUCCAGCAGGAGCAGGCGUUCCAGGAGUGGUGGGACGCCGAGAGCCGGCGGAUGCAGGAGGAGGAGCGGAGGCGGGCGGAGAGGGUUGAGGGAGGUGGACGGGAGGGUGGUGGUGGUGGUGGUGGUGGGAGGGGGAAUGGGGUUGAUGGUGGGAAUGGGAAUGGGAAUGGUGGCGGGAGUGGGAGUGGUGGGACAGUCAGCUCGAGAGGUGGCGGUAAGACCAGAGGGAAUGGCGGCAAGGGCCGAGGUGGUGGUGAGAGAGGAGGCAGGGGUGGAGCUGGCGGGAGGAAAGAGACUGUUUCAGCAGGCGGGAAGUAAUCACAGAGUGGAUGGAUGAGAUGGACAUGUGUUGUUGUGUAUAAUGGAAGGUAACCAUGGCGAUAGACAAGGGCAGGCAGGACAUGGCAGUCUGGC